AUGCCGAAUAAUGAUUUAUUAUCUCAUUUUGAUGAUGCUUAUAAUUUUAUAGAUGAAGGUUUAAAGAAAAGUGCAGUAUUGGUUCACUGUUUAUGUGGUAUUUCAAGAAGUUCAACAAUUGUAAUUUCUUAUUUUAUGAAAAAGGAAAAUUGGACACUUAAACAUAGUUUUGAUUAUUGUAAAUCAAAAUGGAGUUGUAUUAAUCCAAAUCCAAGUUUUAUGGCUCAACUUAAAUUAUAUCAAUAUUUUUGUUAUGAAUUAGAUAAAAAUGAUAUUAUUUAUAAAAUGUACAGGUGGCAUACAAUGAUUAAUUUAGGCACACAGUUAUGUGAUAUUAAAAAUAUUAUUAAUUUUUCACCUGAAAAUUAUGCAUUUAAUAGUUCAAAUGAAGGAAAUUUAAAAUGUAAAAAGUGCAGGCAAAUAUUAGCAAAUAAAUCAAAUGUUUUAUUUCAUGUGCCUAACCAAAAAUUCGAUUGGCUCGAUGAAACAAAUAUUGCAGAAAAUAAAAAUAUUGAAAAAGAAAUAUUUUGCAAAGAUUCAAUAUAUAUUGAACCAUUGCCAUGGAUGGAAAAUAUUUUUAAUAACGAUUCGGGGAAAUUGCUAUGCUCGAAUUCAAAAUGCAAACAAAAAAUUGGUUGUUUUAAUUGGUUUAAAGGAUGUAAGUGUUCAUGUGGUACAAAUUUAUAUCCUGGAUUUAAAUUAACAUCUUCAAAAAUUGACGGCUAA